AACUAUAUAAAUAUGGUUUUAGAUCUAGAAAAAUUCAACUAUAGUAUCCAAGAGGUAUAUACAGUAUGCAUUCGAUGGAGUACUUACUUAAAGAAGUUCACACAAAAUUAAAGACUGCUGAAAACACUUUACAGAAAUGUGAACAAGAAGUAUUGUAUCUGACAAAGAAUUUUGAAACAGCAAAAUAUUCUAUCUUAAAGUCUGUAGAUCGACAUAUUGAAACAUUGCAAUGUCGUUCAAAGUGGCUGAGUUGCCACCUCAAUAGUAGUUACCAUUUAAAGAGAGACUCAUUACAAACGCAAAUAUCAGAGCUACAAGAAACAUCGUGUGCAUUGAAAGGAUGUCUUAAAGCUGCAGAUAGUGGAGAUGUCGAUGAAGAAUCUUUACGAAAUUUCGUCAAACAGACUCUAAUUCUUAGUGAUAGUGCACCCUUGUUGCUUACGGAGAAUGGAUCCAUGAAGUUUACUUGCGACAAUGAGAAGUUAGAAGAAAUGAUCAUUGGCUUUGGUGAAGUUGAUAUUGGUCCCCAGGCUACUGAUGAUGACGAAGAGGAGGAAUAUGAUUUGCUGUCAGAUGCUGAUGGUGAUAAUGAUGACAUGGUAGUGUUUGGACGCAGCAAAGAAGAACAGAUAAAACAUUCAAUGGAGAAGACAUUGGAGGAAAUAGAGAUGAAAAUGAAAUCCAUUGAAAUGCAGCAUAUGACGUCGGAAUCUGCGCUAGAAGAUUUGAAAAAGUUGGAUUUUGAUGACGAUGAUGAAAACGAGGAGGUGGAGGAGGAGGAGAACAUGUGUUGGCUUGUGCAGAGAUCAAAAGCAGCGAGUUCAAAUUGCGAGUUCGAUUCUCCAGGAUAUAAUUCGAUGUGGUUGAUGGACCAUGAAAUUAUUGAAUGCGAAAACGACUAUGAAACUGUUUCACCGCCCUUCUCCUUUGAUGAUGAGAUUACUAAUGCGUUUAACAAUAAAUAUGUCUCAAGAUAUGAACGCCCAACGUUUCUUCCAAGUGAAGACAUAAAAGAUUGGACUGUGAAUGUCUCGCAAGACCACAAGUGGAUGACGAGCGAGGACAACGACAUAAAAGUGGCUUCACUUGUGUCAUUUGAGCACUUUGACCGGCCCCUAUUUCAUUGGAUGCCUUCAGAAAUAAACACGGACAGUCAUGACCAUUUCGACAACCGCCACUUUAUCGAUCCGUUGAUGAAGAGCAAGUUCAACAGUGCCCCGAAAAUAUCAGAUGUGCACUCUAACAAAGAGAAAAACAAGAUAAAUAGUACAAAAUUGAUUGAUCAGCUAAAUGUAGCUCAUUAUGACACCAUAUUAAAUUCUAAUUUGUCGUUAUAUCUCUGGAAGCCGGAAAUUAGUAGAAAUGUUAAGACCGGAAUCGAAACAAAUGAAAAUGUGGAGCACAUGGAUGCCAUUUUAAAACGUCCGUUGCAAUCAUAUUUGAAAAAACCUACGGGACCGAGUUCUGAUCAUUCCUCGUGCGCUUGGUUAGUUGGAAAAUCUAGUGAACAAUGUAACGCAUGCAGUCAAACAUGUGCUUUCGAAAUAGAUAACAACGAAUGGUUGAAAACUGCUACUGGUUGGUGAAGUUCUCUAACGUCUUCCAUAUAAUUCUUGAUUAGUAAUAUGAGUAUAACCGUAUAGACGUUUGUCUCGAUAAUUAAUGGCUGUCAUGUGAAUACAAAGUAUAACCUAUUUUGUUUUUGUUGAUACUUGAUACGUCCGGUUGAAACCACGCAUUUUUAAUGAUGUUCUAACUAAGUUGGAUUAGACAUUUUGGAUAAUAAGGCUAUUACGGAGAUCAAACUCUGAUACAACGCUUUCGCUAAGUGGUUUCUUUGUGUGAAAAAUGUCGCAUAUAUUUUAUCUUGUUAUAUAACCAUUAUUCUUUCUUGUAAAUGUGUGUUUAAAUAAAUCAAUGUUUUUACA